GGUCGUGGUCCGUUCGUGUCUGCUCGUGCGGUGCUGUGGAGAGGCGGAAAGAGUGAUAGCGGGAGAGGUGGAAAGGAUAGACUCAUUGGUGUGCCGAGAACUGAUAGUGACACGCGGUGGCGUUGAGAUAGUGAAAUGGUGCAGCGGUUGUGUGAUGGCGGCAGUGGCGGAGUUGGUGCCGGCUGGUGAUUUGGUGUACGAUGUAGCUGCCUGGUAGGCAGAUAGAUCACCGUUAACCGAAUCGGAAGCUGAAGGAUUUUCCGUUGAAGUGUCGAUCAUAGAAGCGACUCACGACAGGUCAGGCAGUUUGUGAUCACUCUGGAAGCCUAAGAAGACGAGCUGCAGCUGGGAAUACAUCAAUACAGUCAAGCAGACAUAUAGGCGAUUCGCCAACCUAAGCUGAGAUGGGCCAACGUCAGCGAAUCGUGUUUUGGCUCGCCGGACUGGUCAACUUUGGUGUUUCCGCCAGCGUGGGAACGAUGGCACCCUUCUUCCCACAGGAGGCAACGUCUCGGGGAAUGUCGGCCACCACCGCUGCGCUGGUGUUCGGCGCCUACCCGCUGUCUGCACUGGUCUGUUCGGCAUUCAUGACCAAACUGGUACCGUUUCUGGGACCGAAGAACGUGUUUGUGGCCGGAACAGUGGCGGUCGGAGUCGGAAACGUAUGCUUCGGGUAAGGCUGCUCAUCUACGUCCGAGAUCUCCAGAUGUUCACCGUCUACUGCUUCGUCAUCCGGGUGAUGAUGGGUACAGGAUCGGGCGCCAACCUCACCUCCACCUUCACCUAUGUGGCCAGCACAUUCACAGAGAAGAUCUCGCUCACGCUGGGUCUUCUGGAGGUGUUCACCUCACUGGGUCUCUGCGUGGGCCCUGCCCUCGGGGGUCUUCUGUUCGAGGUGGGCGGAUACAGCAUGCCCUUCUACGCCGUGGGGGCGUUUCUGCUUCUUUUGCUACCCAUCAACGCGCUGGCGAUGCCCAAAAUCGAGGGUCGCUCCAGCCAUUCGCUGUCAUACGGCCGGGCUCUCAUCUACCCUCCCAUGUACGUCACACUCGGAGCCGUUGCCAUGGUAACCAUGGUGUUUGCGUUUUUCGACGCGACAGUUGCACAACAUCUUGCCGACAGGUUCACUCUAUCACCACGGCCCAUCGGUCUCAUUCUGCUUCUGUUCGCCGUUUGCUACGGUCUCUCGUCACCUGUGUUUGGUCGCAUCAGUGACGCCCUCGGAAAACAUCGACUGAUCAUGGCUGGUGUUUCGCUGACACUGGGCUCAGUGGCUCUAGUCGCCGUCUCACCGCCGGACCUGCUGAAUUUCAUACCCAGUGAUGCUCUCUGGGUGACCCUGCUCUCCCUCUGCCUCGUAUCAGUCGCCUCAGCAGCCACACUGAUUCCAACGUUUGCCGUCUUGUGCGAUUUGGUCAAAGGACCUCUGGGCUUUCCGGAGGACGUUCAGACCGACGCGCUGGUGUCAGCGGCGUUCCAGACCUUCUUCUACCUCGGGUGUGUGAUCGGCGCUGGAGGCGGUGGCUACCUCGUGGACCACCUCGGCUACAGCAAUGCCGUCGGCGUGGUCAGUGCAGUCGUCCUGUUCUGGGGCCUUCUGACGCUCACCACAGCUGCCGCAAUGUCUUGCUGCUCACCAUCCAACUCACACCAGCCUCUUCCGAUCGACGAUAAACUCGCCGUCGAUGUCGACACCUCCGUACCGACUGCCAGCGUCGUGAUCGACGAUCCUGCGCCAGAAGCCCGGGCCAGAGGUCGGCCGGAGAACCUCGACCUUUCGCAAUUAUCAAUCCGGGAGUCCGGGGGAUACAAGACUUUCCUGCCGGAGAUUGGAAGUCUGAGUCCACCUCCAGAAAGAGCAGAGAUGUUACCGGUUGGAGCUGAAGGAGAUCGUUCGUCUGAGGAGAGUGAAGCGAACGGAGUUCUGGUGGAAGAGGUACUGAGAAGAGGGGUCAAUAGGAUAGGAUCGAGAGAGAGGCUGGGAGGAUCGAGAGAGAGGCUGGGGGAAUCGAGGGAGAAGCUGAGGAGAUCGAAAGAGAGGAUGGGAGGGUCAAGGGAGAGGCUCAGGGGGUCGCGAGAGAGGCUGGGAAGAUCGAGAGAGAGGCUGGGAAGGUCAGUAGAGAGGAUCAGUGGCUGGCUGUCAACCGGAGGAGAGAGCUCAGGGGAAAGAGGAGGAGGGUCACGGGAGAGAGUGGCUACUUCAGAGGAGAGAGCAGGUGCACAAGAGGAGACUCGUAUCGCUGAGAUGAUCAAGAACGCGGACCUGCAUGAGCUACAGGAGCUGCUACGUAGCCCUAUGGAGACAAGUCCCGACUUUCCGCCGCCGUGGUGACAUCUAUCGACGGAAACUGGAACUAAUGUUUGUGGCAUAUGACUGCAGAGUAGUGUAUGUGAUGUUACGGUGUUAUGGCGAGAGGUGGGGGCGAGAAGGAAAAAAAGGAGGGAGAGUGUUCAACUAGUGCAUUUUGUGGACUGAGAACUAUUGAACUAGCCAGAAGUAUCAGACCUUUGAAGGCUGUUAUUGAUGAGUUCGAUAUUUAGUAAGGGUCGAGAGUUGAAAAUGUUUGAGGCCGACGUUUUUCGAACAUCAUUCAGCAAGGCUACGUCAUUGGAAUCGGAGUUGGAGUCACCGGAAAUCCAUCGACUCCGCAGCGGCCAGCCCGUGAUAGUUUGUCGUUUGAUGGUCGGUAAAGUUGGAUGCUGAAGGAUCAACUCAAAGCGAACAUUUCCCGUCUAUAAUAAAGCGAGUUGCAUUACGAGAACUGUUCACAGGACCAAUACAAUUCACACUGUUCUUGAACACUUACAAACUUCCGAUUGCAGCUGCGGCCAGAUUGAAUUGUAGUUUGAUUAGUUACAAUAUAUUUACAUAUAGUUAGUGGGAGGUUGUCAUUGUUGUAAGCUGACAAUCAAAGGUCAAUCACAACCAAAUUUGUGGUGAGCCAUAUGUGAAUGUGAGCCAUUGAGUCUAAGUGAAUAUAGUUGUCCUGUGUU